AUGUCAGCCGACGGAGUGCUGGUUCGCUGCCGGCGCGUACAACUCUCUACGGUCGCCAUCACGUUUGUGUCCUUCAUUACUGCCGGUAUCAUCAUCGCCUCAGGAGUCCUUGGCACUGUAUUUUUCGAUCCACUGCGACUUGCUGUCAACGUUCUUCACGUCUGUACGGGGCUACUUUCCAUCACCGCAGAUGUGAAAGCCUUCUCGUUCUUCGCGUACGCGAAGUUCCUCUACCUUCCAGUUGGGCGUGGCCUGUAUUACAUCAUCAUCGGCUUGAUUGUCUUACAGAAAGGCUUACUUGAUAUAAUACUGGGCGCAUCGAUAAUAACCCUUGGUGUACUGUACACCGUAGCCUGUCUGCGGAGCGGAGGCGUUCCAAAGCCGCUCACGCAGCUUCCCGUUGAAGAGCUUCCGCUCAGCGCAGUGUUGAAAUUUGUGGAGUCGUAA